ACACAGAUAAGAUUUAUACAAAAAAGAUGUAUAUAAUUAAGAAAAAUGACUGUUUUAGCCUUUCUGAAAAAAGAGGACUUGCAAUGGUCUGCAAGAUACGCUGCAAGUUUUGCAAUUAAACGAUUAUUGAUGAGUGAUAUUGAAAAUUGCAAUAUCUUUUCACGUAUCCAUGGCCCAGAUUAUCUGUGGCAAUUGUUAAAACACUUUAUAGAACAAGUUCCUAUAGAAAUUUGUACUGUUGCUCUUGAAGCUCUACUUGCCAUGGCAAGACAUUUAACUUUUAGAGAAACAUUAAUUAACUUUGAAACUAUUGACACAAUUUGCUUAUUUUUAGAGGUAAAAAUAAAGUUCAUUACAUUAUCUUAUAAUUAAUAUACUGAAUGCUGCGCUGAUUUCGAUUAAUUGUUCACAAAUUUGAUUAAGCUUAUAUAUCUUUAACAAUGUUUUAGUUAAUAAAUUUUAUUAUAUUUAAAACACUUUUUAAGAUUUUAUUUAUAUAAACAAUUUCAUGAAUAAUGUUCUAAUGAAAUCUUUUACUUUUAGAAAAAAAUUGUAAAGACUUCCGAAACACAAAUAAAACCUUCUUUAUUAGAAUAUUGUUAAAAAUAUAAUCUUUAAUUGGACAUGUAAUUUUAUACUUUUAUAAAAAUGUUUGAAGAAAAUAUUAGACUUAUUCAGAAAUUUUCAAGUAGAGGGAAAUAGCUAAUCUAGCAUAGGCCUUUCAAAAUAGCAUUUUCUUAUUUUGCAAAAAACAAAUAUUUUGCACUGU